CUCUCUCUCUCUCUCUCUCUCUCUCUCUUCUGUGUGUGUGUGUGAGUGUGUGUGAGUGAGUGUGUGAGUGAGUGUGUGUGUGUCUCUCUCUCUCUUCCCCCUCUCUUCCCCCUCCCUUCCCAAGCUCUCUAACAUUAAAGCGAAAAUGCUCCUUUCUGUGCCUCCUCGUGCAGGAAUCGCCACUUUUGGCUACAACAAGAGCAACAAGAAGCCUUAUGUCUCAGUGGCCCAGCAGAUGGCACCCCCGAGUCCCAGCGGCAGCAGCAACAACAACAGCAGCAGCAGCAGCGGGCCAGGCGGCGGCGGCGGCGGCGGCGACCAGCUGAGCAAAACAAACUUGUACAUCCGGGGCCUGCACCCGGGCACCACAGACCAGGACCUUGUCAAGCUGUGCCAACCAUAUGGCAAAAUUGUCUCCACCAAGGCCAUUCUGGACAAAACGACCAACAAAUGCAAAGGCUACGGCUUUGUGGAUUUUGACAGCCCCACGGCGGCUCAGAAGGCAGUGACAGCACUCAAAGCCAGUGGGGUCCAGGCCCAGAUGGCCAAGCAACAGGAGCAGGAUCCUACCAACCUCUACCUGUCAAACCUGCCUUUGGGCAUGGACGAGGCGGAACUGGAGUCGAUGCUGAAGCCCUUUGGACAAGUCAUCUCCACACGCAUCUUGCGCGAUGCCAGCGGCACCAGCCGGGGAGUUGGCUUUGCCAGGAUGGAGUCUACAGAAAAGUGCGAAGCUAUCAUCACACACUUCAAUGGCAAAUAUAUCAAAACACCCCCCGGGGUCCCAGCACCUCCAGAUCCAUUGCUUUGCAAAUUUGCCGAUGGCGGCCAGAAGAAGCGCCAGAAUCAGGGCAAAUACGUGCAGAACGGCCGAGCCUGGCCAAGGGAAAGUGACACGGGCGGGAUGACCUUGACCUAUGACCCCACAACAGCGCUACAAAACGGGUUCUACACAACACCGUACAGCCUGGCUCCUAACAGGAUGAUUGCCCAGACUGCGCUCUCCCCUUAUCUCCCAUCACCUGUUUCUUCUUACCAGGUUCAUAGCCCAUCCUGGAUGCACCAUCAGUCGUACCUCAUGCAGCCCACGCAGGGGACAAUGCUGACACCUACCAUGGACCAUGCAAUUUCCAUCCAGCCCACUUCCAUGAUGGGGCCCCUAACCCAGCAGCUGGGCCACCUGUCCCUCAGCAGUGCUGGCACAUACAUGCCAGCGGCAGCAGCUAUGCAAGGAGCCUACAUACCCCAGUACACACCUGUGCCUUCCUCUAGUGUUGCAGUUGAGGAGAACAGUGGCCAGCAGAGCCACGUGACAGUGGAGUCCCCAUCGGAUCACGCUGCCUACUCGUAUCAGUACAACAAGUAACAACAGUGCCACCGAGCAGCUCAGCUCUGAGCAAUCACUUCGAGGGAGACAAGUUUUUUUGUUUUUUUAAUUUGUGCUGCAUUUAGAAGAUGGAACCAUUUUUUUUGUUGUUUUUUGUUGUUGUUACUUUUCUUUUUUGCAAAGAAAAAGGUUUUGUUUUUUGUUUUUUAAAAAAGGAAAUAACCGCAAUAGACUUUUGACACCGAGGAACCAAAGGGGGUUAGAGUGGGGGCGGCAAAGACGGACCCCCGACCCUUAGAUGUACAGAUGGACUAAGGACUAUUUUAAUACGAGGAAAACAUUUUUUGGGGUGGGGUGGGGCGUGUGUGCGUGUGCGUGUGUGUUUGCGCGUUUAUUUUCUUGUUAACAGCAAAAUCAAAUGCUUUGGAUGCCACAGAAUUCCCCAGAGAAGAACAAUUAUUUUUCUCUUUUGGAAAGAUGGCUUCUGCACCUCUGGGAGGGAAUUUUUUUGCUCCUUUGAAUUUGUUUUGUUUUUCUUUGGUCAUUUAAAAGAUUUUUUAAAGGACAAAUAUGCAAAAGUGUUUGAAUAAAAUUUUUUUGGGGUUGUUUUAUAAGAAAAAAAAUGCUCUGAGAAAUCCCCACCUCGCAGCUGUAGGAUAAAAAUCAACGCAGACUUCUUCUUUUUUCUUCUUCCUUGGGGUGGGAGUGGGGGAGGGAAUUUUGCUUUGAAAGGAUUAUUUUAUUAUUUCAAGAGGGUAAUUUUUUUUUUUUAAAAAAAGACAAAUUUACAAAAAACAAAAAAACGAAAUCUACAAAAAAAACUACAAAAAAACGAAAUCUACAAAAAAAAAGUUGAACUUUUGACGGCAGCAAGAGGGGUUUGCAUAAAACUUGUCAAGUUGGAGGGAGACGAUGCAGCUGGUGGCUUUCGAUGAACUGAAUUUUGUUUUUGUUUUUUGGCAUAAACUCGGCCCCAGCCAAGAGAAAGAGAGAGAGAGAAACAGAGUUUGCUCCAGACCUCGAUUUCUGCCCUCUGCCCUGUCCAAUGGGACCGGUUCUUGCUGGAUGCUUUGGACUCUGAUUUUGAGCUUCUGCGUGGACCCUUCUUUGCUUCCACAUGGAUCUUCCCCCUCGCCUGCCCUGCCCUGGAUCAGGGGAACAAUAAACUGACUGAGGAAUCUGCCGCCAGUGAUGUGUCGUCGCUUCCGGACACUCGGACACUGAACGGACGUGUUGCCAGCAGCAGCAGCAGCAGCAGCGCUUUGCCCCUGCCCCUGCCCCCGGGACACACACACACACAGUGCCUUCUGCCGCCUGCGGUCCGGACUGUGCUGCCGUAUGCUCCCUCCAAGUCCUGCAUGCCUGUCAAACCCAGGUGCACAGUGCGUCUAUUCUCUUGACAAACCAGUCUGAGGGCAGCUGCCAAUGCUUCUGACUGGCGGGGGUUGCACGGGCGGGGGGUGUCCGUUCCAGUUGCUUUAAACCAACCAACCAACCAACAAACCAGGGAGCAUCUAGCACCUUGCAGGGGAUGGUCGAGCUCCCCCCUCCCCCCGAAAUGGAGAUCCUAGUUACUAUGCACGUUUCCCUCCCUUCUCUCCCCCGCCCACCCCCCCAGCCCUUGGUUGCUGGCUCCCCAGAUUCGCAAUAGCAGGAGACUAUGUGCAAUAAUCCGGCCCCUUCCUACAGCGCGUUUCCCUGGAGAGCCUCUUGAAGGUACCAAGUGCUUUAGACACCUUUGCAUGUUUCCCCUGCCCCCCCGCC